GUCGUGUCCGCCCCAGCUCAGAGCAGUUUGUGCAAUUUAGAAACCCGAUAGGAGGCAGCAGCUGAUCUCCCACCACCCUAAAAAUAAUCCGCUCUGGCGCCCUGCGUGCUUCGGCUAGGGGAGGAAAACUGCCUUCGGAGAGUUCUGCGUCUGGGUUUGAAACUGACACUUAAGACAGUGUAGGAAGCCGGUGUUUUGAAGGUAGUGCAAGUGCACGAGUAGGGGUUUGAAGCAGCAUCAAGCGACUGCCCAAGGGAAAAAUACUGUUCGUGACCAUUGCUAAAUCAUUUCUCAAUGAAAGGGAAGAGAGAAAAGAGUAAGUGAUAUAAGAAGAAAUGAGCCUUUCAUUCUGUGGUAACAACAUUUCUUCAUAUAAUAUCUAUGAUGGUGUGUUACAAAAUCCCUGCUUUGUGGAUGCCCUCAACCUGGUCCCUCAUGUCUUCCUGUUGUUUAUCACUUUCCCAAUAUUGUUUAUUGGGUGGGGAAGUCAAAGCUCAAAAGUACAAAUUCAUCAUAACACAUGGCUUCAUUUUCCUGGACAUAACCUGAGAUGGAUUCUUACAUUUGCUCUUCUCUUUGUGCAUGUUUGUGAAAUAGCAGAAGGCAUUGUUUCUGACUCGCGGCGGGAGUCGCGGCAUCUCCACCUCUUCAUGCCGGCUGUGAUGGGAUUUGUCGCCACUACAACAUCAAUAGUAUAUUAUCAUAACAUUGAAACAUCAAAUUUUCCUAAAUUACUCUUAGCCCUAUUUCUGUAUUGGGUAAUGGCCUUUAUUACAAAAACCAUAAAAUUGGUGAAGUACUGGCAGUCCGGUUGGGGAGUAUCAGACUUGCGUUUCUGCAUCACUGGCAUGAUGGUCAUCUUGAAUGGACUCCUCAUGGCUGUGGAGAUCAAUGUAAUUCGGGUCAGAAGAUAUGUAUUCUUCAUGAAUCCUCAGAAAGUAAAGCCUCCAGAAGACCUCCAGGAUCUGGGUGUGAGAUUUCUUCAACCGUUCGUGAAUUUAUUGUCAAAAGCAACAUACUGGUGGAUGAACACACUUAUCAUAUCUGCUCAUAAAAAGCCUAUUGAUCUGAAAGCAAUUGGAAAAUUACCAAUAGCAAUGAGAGCAGUAACAAAUUAUGUUUGCCUGAAAGAUGCAUAUGAAGAACAAAAGAAAAAAGUAGCAGAUCAUCCAAACCGGACUCCAUCUAUAUGGCUAGCAAUGUACAGAGCUUUUGGACGACCAAUUCUACUUAGUAGCACAUUCCGUUAUCUUGCAGACUUACUGGGUUUUGCUGGACCUCUCUGUAUUUCUGGAAUAGUUCAACGUGUGAAUGAAACCCAGAAUGGGACAAAUAACACAACAGGAAUUUCAGAAACCCUUUCAUCAAAGGAAUUUCUUGAAAAUGCUUAUGUACUAGCAGUUCUUCUUUUCUUGGCCCUUAUCCUGCAAAGGACAUUUUUGCAGGCUUCCUACUAUGUAACCAUAGAGACUGGCAUUAACCUCCGUGGAGCUCUGUUGGCCAUGAUAUACAAUAAAAUCCUUAGGCUGUCUACAUCUAAUUUAUCCAUGGGUGAGAUGACCCUGGGACAGAUCAAUAACUUGGUUGCCAUUGAAACCAAUCAACUCAUGUGGUUCUUGUUCCUGUGUCCCAAUCUAUGGGCAAUGCCUGUUCAGAUCAUAAUGGGAGUGAUUCUGCUCUAUAAUUUACUUGGAUCAAGCGCAUUGGUUGGUGCAGCCGUCAUUGUACUCCUUGCGCCAAUUCAGUACUUCAUCGCUACAAAGUUGGCAGAGGCUCAGAAAAGCACUCUGGUGAGGCUGCUCAUUAUCUUUUGUCUGAGCCAUCUACCCCUCUUUACUUCAGGACGUGAAUACAGAGAGGAUUAUUCUACUGAGAGACUGAAGAAAACAAAUGAAAUAUUGAAAGGCAUCAAACUUCUGAAGUUAUAUGCCUGGGAGCACAUCUUUUGCAAAAGUGUAGAAGAAACAAGAAUGAAAGAACUAUCCAGUCUCAAAACCUUUGCACUUUAUACAUCACUCUCCAUCUUCAUGAACGCAGCAAUUCCCAUAGCAGCUGUUCUUGCUACGUUCGUGACCCAUGCGUAUGCUAGUGGGAACAAUCUAAAACCUGCAGAGGCCUUUGCUUCCCUGUCUCUCUUUCAUAUCCUGGUCACCCCGCUGUUCCUGCUCUCCACAGUGGUCAGAUUUGCAGUCAAAGCCAUCAUAAGUGUUCAAAAACUGAAUGAGUUUCUCUUGAGUGAUGAGAUUGGUGAGGAUAGUUGGCGAACUGGUGAAGGUUCUCUUCCUUUUGAGUCUUGUAAGAAACACACUGGAGUGCAGCCGAAAACUAUAAACAGGAAGCAGCCUGGAAGAUAUCACCUGGACAGCUAUGAGCAAUCCACCCAGCGUCUACGUCCUGUAGAGACAGAGGAUAUUGCAAUAAAGGUCACAAAUGGUUACUUUUCAUGGGGCAGUGGUUUAGCUACAUUAUCCAAUAUAGAUAUUCGAAUUCCAACAGGUCAGUUGACCAUGAUUGUGGGCCAAGUGGGAUGUGGGAAGUCUUCUCUUCUCCUUGCUAUUCUUGGUGAGAUGCAGACACUGGAAGGCAAAGUUCACUGGAGCAAUGUAAAUGAAUCUGAACCUUCUUUUGAAGCAACCAGAAGUAGGAACAGGUAUUCUGUGGCUUAUGCAGCUCAAAAGCCUUGGCUAUUAAAUGCUACAGUAGAAGAAAAUAUUACCUUUGGAAGUCCUUUCAACAAACAGAGGUACAAAGCUGUUACAGAUGCCUGUUCUCUUCAGCCAGAUAUUGACUUACUACCUUUUGGAGACCAAACUGAAAUUGGAGAGAGGGGCAUCAACCUGAGUGGGGGUCAGAGGCAAAGAAUCUGUGUGGCACGAGCUCUCUAUCAAAAUACCAACAUUGUCUUUCUGGAUGAUCCAUUCUCUGCCCUGGACAUUCACUUGAGUGAUCACCUAAUGCAGGAAGGGAUUUUGAAAUUUCUCCAAGAUGACAAAAGGACACUUGUUCUUGUGACUCACAAAUUACAGUAUCUAACACAUGCUGACUGGAUCAUAGCCAUGAAAGAUGGAAGUGUAUUAAGAGAAGGGACUUUGAAGGACAUUCAAACCAAAGAUGUUGAGCUUUAUGAACACUGGAAAACACUUAUGAAUCGGCAAGAUCAAGAAUUAGAAAAGGAUAUGGAAGCUGACCAAACAACUUUGGAGAGGAAAACCCUCCGAAGAGCCAUGUAUUCGAGAGAGGCCAAAGCCCAAAUGGAGGAUGAAGAUGAAGAGGAAGAAGAGGAGGAAGAUGAGGAUGAUAAUAUGUCCACUGUAAUGAGGCUCAGGACUAAAAUGCCAUGGAAAACCUGCUGGCGGUACCUUACUUCUGGAGGAUUCUUCUUGCUCUUCCUGAUGAUUUUCUCUAAGCUUUUGAAACAUUCAGUCAUUGUGGCCAUAGACUACUGGCUGGCCACAUGGACUUCGGAGUACAGUAUAAGCAAUUCUGGAAAAGCUGAUCAGACUUACUAUGUGGCUGGAUUUAGCAUACUUUGUGGAGCAGGUAUUUUUCUCUGCCUUGUUACAUCUCUCACUGUAGAAUGGAUGGGUCUCACAGCUGCCAAAAACCUUCACCACAACCUCCUAAAUAAGAUAAUUCUUGGACCAAUAAGAUUCUUUGAUACCACCCCCUUGGGACUGAUUCUCAAUCGCUUCUCAGCUGAUACAAAUAUCAUUGAUCAGCACAUCCCUCCAACUUUGGAAUCUCUAACUCGCUCAACACUGCUCUGCCUGUCUGCCAUUGGCAUGAUUUCUUAUGCCACCCCUGUGUUCCUGGUUGCUCUUGUGCCUCUCGGGGUCGCCUUUUAUUUUAUCCAGAAAUACUUUCGAGUGGCCUCUAAGGAUCUCCAAGAACUUGAUGAUAGUACCCAGCUCCCUCUGCUUUGCCACUUCUCAGAAACAGCUGAAGGACUCACCACCAUUCGGGCAUUUAGGCAUGAAACCAGAUUUAAGCAACGUAUGCUGGAACUGACGGACACAAACAACAUUGCCUACUUAUUUCUCUCAGCAGCCAACAGAUGGCUGGAGGUCAGAACGGAUUACCUAGGAGCUUGCAUUGUCCUCACUGCGUCUAUUGCAUCCAUCAGCGGCUCUUCCAAUUCUGGAUUGGUGGGUUUGGGUCUUCUGUACGCACUUACGAUAACCAAUUAUUUGAACUGGGUUGUGAGGAACUUGGCUGAUCUGGAGGUCCAGAUGGGGGCAGUGAAGAAAGUGAACAGUUUCUUGACUAUGGAAUCUGAGAACUAUGAAGGCACUAUGGACCCUUCUCAAGUUCCAGAACAUUGGCCACAGGAAGGAGAGAUCAAGAUUCAUGACCUGUGUGUCAGAUAUGAAAAUAAUCUGAAACCUGUUCUUAAGCAUGUCAAGGCAUACAUCAAACCAGGGCAAAAGGUGGGCAUAUGUGGUCGCACUGGUAGCGGGAAGUCAUCAUUAUCGCUGGCUUUCUUCAGAAUGGUGGAUAUAUUUGAUGGAAAGAUUGUCAUUGAUGGGAUAGACAUUUCAAAACUACCACUGCACACACUACGUUCUAGACUUUCAAUCAUUUUGCAGGAUCCAAUACUAUUCAGUGGUUCUAUUAGAUUUAAUUUAGAUCCAGAGUGUAAAUGCACAGACGACAGACUCUGGGAAGCUCUAGAAAUUGCUCAGCUGAAGAAUAUGGUCAAAUCCCUACCAGGAGGUCUAGAUGCGGUUGUCACUGAAGGUGGGGAGAACUUCAGUGUUGGACAGAGACAGCUGUUCUGCCUUGCUAGGGCCUUUGUCCGCAAGAGCAGCAUUCUUAUCAUGGACGAAGCCACGGCUUCCAUUGACAUGGCCACGGAAAACAUUUUGCAGAAAGUGGUAAUGACGGCUUUUGCAGACCGCACCGUUGUUACAAUAGCUCAUCGGGUUCACACUAUUCUGACAGCAGACCUGGUUAUUGUGAUGAAGCGAGGAAAUAUUUUAGAAUAUGACACUCCAGAAAGCCUCUUGGCUAGGGAAGAUGGAGUUUUUGCUUCUUUUGUUCGUGCAGACAUGUGAAGGGAUGUCUUAAAUCGAUACAUGGAUUUAAAAUACUGCAGUCAUAACCUACUUAAUCGAUCAUCAGCUUGACCUUCAAAAAGUGACAUCUUAAAUUUUUACACUUUUGUAAAGCAUAUUUGUUGUGUUGUGGGACUUUGUAAUUAGUUACAGUGUCACUUUACCAAUGAAUAUUGUAUUUCCUAUGUUGAUAUUUCUUUUUUGUUUUGUUUUCCAAGAUCUUACUGCUUAAUAUGUUCAUUACUGAUGAUUGUCUAAUGAUUAAGCCACUUUACCGUUAAGAAUAACAGGCUGUAUGAAAACAUGUAAGCUACUUUAAGUGGUAAGUCAGCAGCUAUAAUUUCUCAUAAUUUUAAGGCUGGUAAAUACCUCUCAGGCAUAGAAGUCACCAUGAGUAUUCAGUAUGGUUAUACUCUUAUUUGGAAGAAUGUGUUUUCCGUUUUGUUGGUGUCCCCAGAUGUUAUUGGAAGAGGAAUAAGAGGUCAGGUUUUCUAAUCAGUGAGAAAAGAAAACACUCAAAGCUAUUAUCUACCGGAUGAAAAUAUUCUCUGUGUUCAUUACCAUUAGUAGCAAUACUGAUGCUUCCUUUAACAGUCUCUUCCUCAUCUAAAUUGUUUCCUGCUACCAAGAAGUCAUUUAUGGUAGCUUUGGAAAGCCCAAGCCUUAACCAGAAAGAUCAUGGGAGAAGUUUGGAUAUUUGAAAAAUUAUACUCAAGGUUCCAUGUUUCCCUCUCCAGUCAGGACAGAGUUCCUAAGGUAUCAGGAAUAAUGUGCUUUUUCCAGACUAAAGUUCAAAGAGUAAAUACAUUCAGCCCUUCCAUGGCAGGCCAGCUAAAACUCUCUAUGGUUUAAUUCACCACUAAAUGUGUUAUGAUCCUGAGCCCUAAAAUUCCACAUUUUCAAGAUUCAGGAGCAUAGGCAAGUGGCCUCGUUUGCCUAUAUAAAUAUAUAUAUGAAACAAGUGUCUAUUGGAAGAGUAUACUUCUUUUUGACAUUUCUGCCCAGUGAUGUCACACGUAUAUCCAUUUGGUACUGCUCUAACUUUAAUGCAAGUGUAAAAAAGUGAAUCAAAGUGUUAUUCUAAUUUUAAUGUACAUGUUAAGAGUGCAUCAAAUAUGGAUUGAAUAUUAGUGUUAUGUUUUGUUUAAAUAUAAAUUAAUAAAUUUUAAAAUACUAAAAGUUACCUGCAUUGUCAUACUAAGCAGCCAAAGCUUUCUACUAUAAUUCUCUGCCCAUCUAGUAUAAACAUUAUGGGUUUUCAUAUGAAGACCGUGUGCUUUGUUAGAUUUUGAAGAAUUAUGAUUGAUAGAAAAAGAGAAUUUGUGCUCCCUCUCUGUAGCUUUUAUGUUCAGUUUAUUGUAUUGUGUACUCACUCUUGGGAAAUCUGUAAUACUAGUUUAUCUGGCAUAUAUGACUGGGCCUUCACCUAAAUAUAGAGUCCUGAUGUUUACCUAAAAUAAGUUCCAUAAGGAUGGACAGGUGUGUUCUGUGUCAUUUAGCUUGAAUUGUCACCCUUUGUUGUAUAUCUAAAACCUCAUUGAGAAAAAUCCUCUUAAUGUUUCCUGAAAGCUAAACGAAACAGAAUCAAUAACUAUUAAAUCAAUCUUGAAAAUAUUUUCUAAAAAUUCUACCAAUCUCCUCAAAGUAUUUCUGGCAAGAAAUGUUUUGUAAGGCUGCAUUUACAUGGUGCUGGUUAUCAACUUACUCCUUAUUCUCACAGAGAAAUGGGGAUUUACCCGUAAUAGUACCCCCUCACAGUAUUUGUAAAUAUAUAUGUCAACAGCAGUAUAGCUAAUGACACUAAACUGAGAAUCACAUUUCUCAUUCUGACACCCAGGUGGUCACUAGUUCCGUCAUAACUUUUAGUCACUUAAGUUGAGUGUUUAAUAGUUUACAAAACUGAACUGACUGAAUAAAGUCAGGAAUGACUUUUUUAAUUGUUUAAUCAUCUAUUAUGCUAUAUGUAUGAUCUAUUGAAUAUAGAAAUGACUCAUCUCGAAAUAAUUUUUUAGUAAAUAGGUACAUAUCUAUAAAAGAUGAGCCUUAAUCAAAUUUUACACUCCCCAAUUUUACACUUAAUUAACAAAAUCCAUUUUAUAAAUUUUAAUUCCUUAAUAUUUGUUAAAAGCAAUAAAUGCAUAAAGAUUUAUAUGAAAAAUAAGGUUACUGAUAUCACUUCAAGGUUUUUAAAAAAUUUCUCUUGAAGGACUGUGCAUCCUCUAUUCUUGGGCUACUACUCAUGAUCCAUUUAAAAGUCAGCUUAGCUCUAGAUUAGAUACCAGAAGACUGGUAUUUGAGAUCCCAUAACUGAUAUUUGAGGUCUGAGACCAUGUCUGUUUAUUCUUUAUGUCCUUUACAUUUAAUACAAGUAUCUAGCCCACAGUAGGCCCUAAUAAGUAUAGUUGAUUGACCCAUUGAUUAGUCUCACCACUAGCCAUGGGCCUAAAACUCUGGGUUAUUCUCUGCACUUCCUGUGUUGUGUUGAUUCUACUGUGAAAAUAUACUGGCUUGGUAUUAUAUAAUAAAUUACUCUUUCUCUUUGCUUGAUUAAAUAGGGCUAUUAUUCUAUCACUUAUUCUUUCACUUAUUGAGUAUCAACUAGGAUG